GGAAGUUGAAAACAUGACCUCCAACCGCGUCUAAAGCUUUAGGUCACGUGUUUCCGGUGGAGCUGUUUUCCUUUCGGUCCUCUGUAAAUGUUAGACCCUUCUGGUUACCAACCAUAAAGCCAACAGUCAGACUCCUCAGCAAACAGCAGUGGAUGGCAGAGAUUGACAGAGAACCACAGAGUGUGCAACCUGCCAGGAUAACCAUGAACCUGAGGACAGAAGCACCUACGAAGUUUCUUGUUUAGUCAGGCCUCAGGCAAGUUGUGAAGAUGUCCGAUCACAGAAAGGCCAGAGAGCAGGGGGAGCCAUUAAACAGUGAUGAUGUGCUGGAGCUGUCAGCCAGCGAUGAAUCUGAGCCAGAAGAAGAACCAAGAGAUGCUCCCUUUGACCCAGAGCUGGAUCAUAGCGACGACGACGGGGAUGUGAUGACUUCUACCUCAGCUUCUGCUCCCUCCGCGCAGAGCACUUUCACUCUGAGCGGAGGGAGCUCGGGCUUCUCGUACCGCAGCCGCAACAUCUUCGACUGCCUGGACACUGUAGAGAAGCGCUCCAUCCCCUCAUCAAACCAAGGGAACUCGGCAGAAAGCAGGAAGACGAGGCACCCUCCUUCCACUUCUCCCAUACCCGUGAAGAAGAGCGCCGUCCCAGACUAUCUGGUGCACCCCGAGCGAUGGACACGCUACAGCCUGGAGGAUGUGGUGGAGAGCAGCGACCAGGACAACAGGAGAGUAGCUUUCCAGUUCCUGUCAGGUCUGCAGCGGGAGACAAAAAGCGGUCCUCCCUGUGACAUUAAGGAAAAGAUGAUCUUCUCCAGACCCAAGCGACUCCCAAAGGACCAGGCGGCUGUGCAGCUGUCACCUGAUCUGCAGGGAAAGGAGAAGGAGUUACAACUAAGUCACCUGGAGGAGGAGGAGGACAACGAAGAAAGAGAACAAGCGGAGGCUGGAGAGCAAAUCCCAGAAAAAACCAGACAAGAAGAGACAAGUAAAGAGAAGACUGUUAGCAGACCUGUGGCCCAGGAGGAGGAGAAGAAGUUAAAGGAGUCCAGCGCUAACUUUACCUCCUUCAGGAAGACUAAGGUGAAGAACUACAGGAAGAGUUCUGCAGACAAAGAGGACUGACCUGUGAGAGCCGCUGCAGAAAACGUCCAUACCAUGCAGACCUGGGCUGGCAGCAGAGCAGGCAGGCUGUUGGAUUCACCAGAUGAGAGCUUAACAAUAGUCGCAGGAAUACUAACAAUCACUCUUUACGAUUUUCACAAAUAAAGUAAAGCGUUCAGGGCUAACAAACUUUGUUCUGAGCAUCUCUAAUUGGUGUAUUAUAAUCCAGUCCAAGUUUAUGCGUCUUUUUUUUUAUCCUCGUCUCAGGCUAAGAUGAUCUUAAUUUGUCAGAACAAACAUUUAAAAUGUGCUUUUCAUUUUUAUUUUAUUUUUUCAAUAGAAUAAAGUUUCCAUAAAUCUAAAGCUUGGUUUAUAAAGGAGAAUCUGUGUUCAGUGUACUACACCUCAGUUCCAGUUUGAGAAUUGUAGAGUUUUAGUUUUCUCAAUGUAGUCCAGAUUCAGCCAAAGGGUAUAAAUUCAAUUAAGAGAGCACAAAAAAACACAACAAAUCAGAUGUCAGCUGUAGUUUAUUUUUGUUGCAUAUUGCCUCAGGAUUACCAAACCAUUUCAGUCAUCUCUGUCAUAGUAUGACUUUACCAGAGUAAAGUUAAAAGAGACUUCUUAAGUUCUCACUUAACCAACUCCAACAACUGCUUCCUUUUUUAUUUCACAAUCGGAGCCUUAAGUCUUAAUAUCACAGUUGUGCUGACAGCCCUUCAUUAGACAGGCCCCACCCCCAUUUAAUUGCAACAGCAGUGGUGGGAAAACAGGUUUGGAUCUUAUCUGGCUUUAAUAGGCGUUUGCUUAAUGGAAUCAGAAAAGGUUCACCAUUCCACCACUGAUGGGACCACCAUCCAGAUGUCUAAAUGAGGGUCCACUCAUUUGUAUUUAGGCAGACCGAGGCUUAGUGGAGAAUUCUGUAUCCUGUGUUCCAAUGUUGGAAAUCCCAAACUGGAAUAUGAGAAUUGACUUAGAUUAGUUGCAAACGGGAUGACUAGCUUAAAGUCAGAAUGUUCCUGUUGGACUUAAGGCUGAGAAAAUCCGUGCAUUCACAACCUGCAGCUCCAUGAGACCGUUGUUUUAUCUUCCACAGCGGGUUUUCUGUCAGCUGAGAGGCAUGCUGCUUAUUUCAUGUAGCCCAGCCAAUAAGAAUCAACAGAGGCAAUGCAUCUCACAAGGAUGUGUUCAACAUUUGUAAUCUGCUGAAUAGACUUGUUCUGUCUGAAAUAAAGCUCACAUCCUUGUUUCCCAUCA